AACGUGGAUCAACAGACACAAAACGAAAGUACGUAAAAUGGCUACUUCUUUGGACCAAAAUGAUCCUGGGAAGCAGUGCUCCGUACUGAAUUGUCCAAUUUGUUUAGAGAAGAUGACAUUGCCAAAAAGACUACCUUGUUUACACACAUUCUGUGAGCCCUGUAUUCAGAGUUACGUGCAGCUCAAGUCGAAUGUCGGAGAAGAAGACAAAAAUCGCUUCCUGUGUCCAAUAUGUCGAAUGGAGGUGACAUUACCAAACAUCCCCCCAGCGGAAUGGGCGAAAAAGCUACCUAUAAAUCAUCUAAUCAUGCGUCUUCUGGAGAGUGAUUCAACAGACUCACAAAACUCGAAAGAAUUACACUGUGAUCCAUGCAAAUAUGCCAGUGAAAAAAAUAAAGCCAAGUUUCGUUGCAGGGAUUGCAAGGAAUGCUUUUGUGAACAGUGUCUCACUUAUUUGCAUAAACGUAAAAGGGAUCACAACACGCACACAGUAACAGAAAUAACUGAAAAUACACCUGUAGAACCUCUAGAAAUGGAUGAAAUGUGUCCUGACCACGUGGACAAAGUCCUAGAGGUGUACUGCUUUGACCACAGAAGCCUUUGUUGUAGUAUCUGUUUUGCUACAAAUCACAGGAGGUGCGAUGUCGUAAAGACUCUUGAUGAAAUGGCAACAGAUGAAGAAGAGGACCUCGACAUCGAGGAAUUUAUAUCAAAAUUUGAGGAUGCUGAACAACGUACUGAAAAGAUGAUUAAAGAUAAAAGGGACAACAUUAAACAACUUAGUGUGGACAAAGAAGAAAUUCUGCAAUCAGUUGCGAACAAUCUCUCCGAAAUAAAGUUGCAUUUGGAUACCCUUCAUGACGAAUUUAGAAAAUCAACAGAAAAAACGUUUUCAAUUGCAGAGCACAAUCAGGAGUUCGAUGUCGAGUGUGCAAUUGGCUUUCAAAAAACAUUGGCAGGAUGCAAAAGAUUAACAAAUGCAGUUCGAAUGCAUGGAAGUAGAAAACAACUGUUUGUUACUAUGGAAAAAUCAAGACUAGCUAUCGAAAAACACUUCUCACGAUUACAGUCGGCAAUCAAAUUUCCUGAAUCAGAUAUUCAGUAUGCCUUAGAGAUGGAAGAUGAAUUUGACGCAGUACUAGAGUGGUCAAAAUUAGCCACCCUGGAUAUGCAAUCAGAGAACAAUUCUUUGAUGGAUAUGAAGAGGACCUUGUGUCAACUCGGUUAUUUGAAUAACCACAACAUCUUUCAGUACAAAUUUCCUGUCAGUAAUACUUUUCUGCAAGAGAGUCCACUCUUCCAUUUUCAAGGUGCGAUAUGGAAAAUCAUGUGUCAUGGGCAAAAUGGCGACCUAAAGAUAUUUCUGCACUGCCUUGGAGAUGUUGAAAAAGACCAGUCUGAUUGGUCAUUUGAGAUGACAACUGACAUAAUGGUUGUGAAUUCAACUGACAGAACGAAAGACGUGGUUAAAAGAAUUGCAACCACGUUUUGCAAAAGCAAGGCCAGCUUGGGAAAGCGUUACUUCAUGGACUGGAGUUUACUUAAUUCAACAGAUAGUGGAUAUGUGUCCAAUGGUAUGAUGGAGAUAAGAGUCAAAUUUAUCUAAGCUUAACAUUAUAUUUUUCAUAGACAUGUAGCCUUUAUUUAUCUAUUUUUAUCAUUGUAAUUCUUUUUAUUAGAAUUUUUUCUUUAACACAUGUAAACAAAUAGAAUUUGUACAUUGUAUCCUCUCUGAAACAACCGAUAUCGUCAAAUGUAAGAUGCAAAACACUG